AUGGGCAGACGGGCGGCCGGCGCAGUGGAGCGGCAGGGUGAAGGAAGGGUAGGAAGAGAGAAGAGCGAUAGCCAGGUAACGUGGGAGGGGGUAGCAGGGGUGUUGGGCGAGGGGAACACGCAUAGUGGCGGCGGCUGUGGUGGCGCAGAUGGUGGCAGGGGUUGUGUCCAGCACGUUGCUUCAGAGCGGCCGCCCUCCCCCUUGCUCCUUGGGUAUGUUUCGGUAUGCGUGCCCGCAGUGACUGUCCCCCAUGACAUGCCAUCCGACACCACUUGUCUGCUUCUCACAUUCGUCCCACCGGCUCCUCGCCUUUCUUCUUUCUCCCUCCACUGCCCGUGCCAGGCCCUUCGCCCCAGCCCCUCCUCUGCACGCCUCACCCGCAAAAGCAGCACCAGCUCCUCUGCUGAACAGCCCCGAAGGGACGACUUGGGGGCAGCAUGGGCGGGAGCAGAGGCGGAAAUACAGGCGGGAGCGCAGGUGGGAGCAUGGGAAGGGGUGGGGGGGGAAAGGGGGCACUGGCACCAUGGUAGCACCGGCAGUGACGGUGGCAUGGUGGGCAGCAGCGUGGAGUGCAGUCACAGCAUAAGCGUGGUGAUGGGGCACGUCCGCCUUGAGAGCAGCAGCAGCAGAGCGGUGCUCCAGACCAGAGACAGGGCAGCGUGGCUCUCAAUGAGGCAGUGCUCCCCCUCUGCCCGCCAUCACCCUCCCAUGUGCUCCCCACCAUCCCAGCGAAUCAGCAGCACCAUAGCCAUCACACCCUCAGGCACCACCUCUCGCUCUCUCCCACAUCACCUGCACCUUGACCGCCUGCUGUCACCCAAUUCUCUCCCCCCCCUCUCCACCACCCCCUCCGCUCUUUCCUCGUAA